AGUCUGCACUGGUGUGUAGUUUUUUUUGCUCAGUCGGGCUCGUCCGUCGUUAUAGAGUUUAGUCGUUUGUUGGUGUUUUUUUUUUGAAUAAGAAUUUCUUGUUUAAUAGAAUUCUUACUAAUUAAUAAAUUUGUUGUUGCUUGGCUUGGUGUGUGUUGCGGUGGUGACGACAGAUAGAAAUUGGAAAAAAUAAAAUGGGAAACCUUGACGGUGGUACUACUUUUACAGAAAACGGCUUAACAGCAUCACCAGCAGCAGGCAGUGGCUGUUCCAGUAGUAGUACCUUAACAAAUAAUGCAGCAGAAAUAGAACAACAAAUACAAUUUGAUAGGGAGCUGCAUGAGAAAAAAUUUGCAGCACCGGCAUACAAGGAAAUACGCACACGAAAAAAUGGUCUCAAGGCUAGUGGACGAGUGGUGACCAUGAACGGUAAUGGCAUUAAGACUAAUGGCUACUUUCCACUUAAGAAUGGAGGCACAACAACCACAGAAUAUGGAGUGGCCUCAAAGCUCUCGGCUGCCGAACGUAAACUAACGCCCGCAGAGGAACACUUUAAAAAGACCUCAUUUGAAGAGGUGCCCUUACACACAGCCUGCUUUACCUAUUUAGGUUUUUAUUUACUCAUGAUAUUGGGCUAUUUAAAUCAAUUACUGUUCGUACCCAAAGUUGCCAAGGAGGAAAAUCGUGAGGGUUACGUUACACUGUAUGAUGCAUUUGAAAGUUUCUAUUCGCGUUAUGUGUAUCGUCGUGUUAGAGACUGUUGGAAUCGUCCCAUUUGCAGUGUUCCCGGUGCUGAAUUAACCCUAAAAGAUCGUGUUACACAUGAUUAUGGUUGGAGUUUUGAGUUUACGGGCACUGAAACUAGAUGCCUUAAUUUGGGCUCUUAUAAUUAUUUGGGUUUUGCCGACAACUCUGGUCCUUGUGCUGAUAAUGCUGAGAAGACCACCAGGGAAUUUGGUUUAGCUCUCUGCAGUCCACGUGUAGAGCUGGGUAAUACUCAGCUGCAUGAUGAUUUGGAAAAGUUAACCGCCCGUUAUUUGGGUGUGGAAGAUGCUAUAGUAUUUGGCAUGGGCUUUGCCACAAAUGCCCUUAAUUUACCUUCUCUCCUUUCGCCUGGUUGUUUGGUAGUAAGUGAUGAGAAAAAUCAUGCCUCUAUUAUAUUGGGUAUUCGCUUGUCGGGUGCCACCACUAAGGUCUUUAAACAUAAUAAUAUGAAAGAUUUGGAACGUGUUCUAAGAACGAGUGUAGUAAAUGGUAAUACUAAAGAUGGUGGCAAACCAUGGAAGAAAAUCUUAAUUAUUGUUGAAGGUGUAUUCAGUAUGGAAGGUUCUAUUGUACGACUGCCCGAAAUUAUUGAAUUGAAAAAGAAAUACAAGGCUUAUUUGUAUUUAGAUGAAGCGCACAGUAUUGGUGCGAUGGGUCCAAAUGGUGGUGGUGCUGUGGAUUAUUUUGGUGCUGAUCCCAAAGAUGUUGAUAUUCUAAUGGGUACAUUCACUAAAAGUUUUGGUAGUGCUGGUGGCUAUAUUGCUGGUUCAAAGAAACUUAUUGACUUCUUACGCACAAACAGCCAUGCCCAUUGUUAUGCCUCGACAAUGUCACCGCCAGUGGCACAACAAAUCUAUACAUCCAUGAGCAUUAUAAUGGGCCUAGAUGGCACCGAUAUGGGUCGCAGAAAAAUCAAUCAAUUAGCACGUAAUACAAGAUAUUUCCGCAAACGUUUAGCACAAAUGGGUGUCAUCAUUUAUGGUCAUGAAGAUUCACCAGUUGUGCCGAUGUUGGUAUAUCUAUUCUCCAAAAUUGGAGCCGUUGUACGUACCUUAACUACCCGCCAUAUAGCCGUUGUGGGUGUUGGUUUUCCUGCCACACCCAUUAUGGAGGGCCGUAUACGUUAUUGUUUAUCGGCUGCACAUACCAAAGAACAACUUGACUAUGCUCUAGAGGUUAUCGAUGAGAUCAGCGAUAAUUUGGGCUUGAAAUAUUCACGUAAAAAACGUGAUCCCAAUCCCAUAGAAUAUUGAUUUCUAACAAAAUGAGCAAAAUAAUUUAUUACUGUUUUUCUUCUAAAAAAUAAUAGAUUACCCUUAAACACACACACACAUACUACAUACACACAAAUACAAAAAGCUAUUAUUCAAUUACUUUACAAAAACAUUCUUUUAGGAAAUACUAAAAUAUAUAAAAUAACAUUUUUUCUUUACAAUUUAAUCUUUAACCAAAAUA